AUGAGUGAAAAAAAUUUACAGAACAAACCUAAUGAGAAUAAUAAAGUAAAAGAGAAAGUAAGAAAUCAUUGGGCUAAUUUAGAUUAUAAGACAUUAAAUCGACCCUCAACAUCUCAAACCAAUAAUGAUGAAACUUUGAACCUUAACAACACAAGCUCUAAUAAUCAAAAACGUUCCAUUAUUGACAUUGAAAACGUUACAGAUGUGGAUAAGGGAAACCAUUUGGUAAUUGAUCUUACGGAUGAUGCUGAAGAGAUGCCCCACAAGAAACGAAUCAAAACUGAGAUCAAAUAUGGUCUAAAAAACUCUACUCAUAAAUUUCCCGGCUUUGAUAACGACUGGUGCUUUAAAUUAAUCAAGUCCAAGAUUUAUGAUAGUAAUAUCAAUUCAUCAUCAUAUCUUUUAGACAUGAAAGACAUUUUCCAUGAUCCUUUUCUACAAGACACUUUUAUAUUUAGUUAUCAAUUUGAUUUGGAAUAUAUCUAUAGUAUGCUUCAUGAGAAUAUUGAACGCAUUUUCAUAAUUGGCCAAAAGGGAACCAUAAUUGACUAUAGUACAAAUGAAUAUACAAAAUUCCGUAAGAAAACGUCCAUUAGAUAUGUUAAGAAUCCCAAUAUGUCGAACCACCAUUGUAAAAUGAUAGUAAACUUAUACCGAGAUGGAUCUGCCAAGAUUUUCAUGCCUUCGCAAAAUAUGAGAAUGCUUGAACAAAUCUUACCACAACAAGUAUGUUGGAUUAGCCCGUUGUUAUUACCAAGCAAAAAAACCAAGAUUUAUUCUAAUUCUAAUUCUAAUUCUAAUUCUGAUCUUGAUCUUGGUCAUGAGUUUGAUUCACCAUUUUUACAAUCAUUACGAGAUUUUCUCAGCUUUUAUGAAUAUGGUUACGUUAAUAUCCUAGAAGGCUGUUUCGAUUUUUUGGAUGAUCUAGAUUAUGCUAGUUUAGAUGAUGAUAUUCAAAUAGUUUUCUCAGCACCCAAAAACGACCGUCAUCACGGUUCAGCAAUGGGUCUCUUUGGGUCUCUUGGGUUAUGUGGAAGUAAAGAAGAAUUAGAAAAGAAGAAAGCAACACGCUACCUAGCCCAAGUGUCUUCUAUUGGAUAUGGAAUAUACCAAGGAAAUCUAUUCACACAUCAUAUGAUCCCUCAAUGGGCUGGCUUACCCAAUAUGGUAAGGAAACAUAACGUAAUGAAUAUUUUCAAAGAGUACAAUAUCCAACCAAUGGUUGUUUUCCCCACGACACAGGAAAUAAAAGAUAGCCCUACUCAUGGUGAUGCUGCUGGAUGGUUUCAUAACAUAGGAUCUAAUUCUUUUGAAUCGCAAAAAAUAUUUUACAAACAAGGACCCAAUGUGUCAAAAGAGAGAGGAACAACACCUAGUCAUUCAAAAUAUUAUAUGAAAUCCACUUGCACGGAUGAGGAUCCCUUUAAGUAUUUGGAUUGGUGCAUAUAUACCUCAUCGAAUUUAAGUAUGAGUGCAUGGGGCACAGACAGGAAGGACCCACGUAAUUUUGAAAUCGGAAUUGUAAUUAAACCGAAAAACGGGGGUAAACUAAAGUGUCAUAGCUUUGUUGAUUUAAUAUACAACCGACCUGGAUCACGAUUAAACUCUAAUGAAGAAGCCAUCGGACCAAGAUCUGUACUGGUUCCGUUUCCUAAACAAUUGGAAGGAUAUUCCGAUCGGGACUUUGCUUUUUCUCAAUAA